GGGCCGGCCGGACGCGCCCGACCCGGCCAUGCGGCCGCUGCUGCUCCUGGCCCCGCUGGGCUGGCUGCUGCUGGCCGAAGCGAAGGGCGACGCCAGGCCGGAGGACAACCUGUUAGUCCUCACGGUGGCCACGACGGAGACCGAAGGGUUCCGGCGCUUCAAGCGUUCAGGCCAGUUCUUCAACUACAAGAUCCAGGCACUGGGCCUGGGGGAGGACUGGACCGGGGAGAAGGGGACGUCGGCAGGCGGAGGGCUGAAGGUCCGGCUGCUGAAGAAAGCUCUGGAGAAGCACGCGGACAAGGAGGAUCUGGUCAUUCUCUUCACAGACAGUUAUGACGUGGUGUUCGCGUCGGGGCCUCGAGAGCUCCUGAAGAAGUUCCGGCAGGCCAGGGGCCAGGUGGUCUUCUCCGCCGAGGAGCUCAUCUACCCGGACCGCAGGCUGGAAGCCAAGUACCCGGCCGUGUCCGACGGCAAGAGGUUCCUGGGCUCUGGAGGCUUCAUCGGCUAUGCCCCCAGCCUCAGCAAACUGGUGGCUGAGUGGGAAGGCCAGGACAGCGACAGCGACCAGCUCUUUUACACCCAGAUCUUCUUGGACCCUGAGAAGAGGGAGCGAAUCAACAUCACUCUGGACCACCGCUGCCGUAUCUUCCAGAACCUGGAUGGAGCCUUGGAUGAGGUCGUGCUCAAGUUUGAGAUGGGCCACGUGAGAGCGAGGAACCUCGCCUACGACACCCUCCCGGUCCUGAUCCAUGGCAAUGGGCCCACCAAGCUGCAGCUGAACUACCUGGGCAACUACAUCCCACGCUUCUGGACCUUCGAGACGGGCUGCUCCGUGUGUGACGAGGGCCUGCGUAGCCUCAGGGGCAUUGGGGAGGAAGCUCUGCCCACGGUGUUGGUUGGCGUGUUCAUCGAACAGCCCACGCCGUUCCUGUCCCUGUUCUUCCGACGGCUGCUCCACCUCCACUACCCCCGGAAGCAGAUGCGGCUUUUCAUUCACAACCACGAGCAACACCACAAGGCUCAGGUGGAGCAGUUCCUGGCAGAGCACGGCAGCGAGUACCAGUCCGUAAAACUGGUGGGCCCCGAGGUUCGGGUGGCAAAUGCUGAUGCCAGGAACAUGGGCGCGGACCUGUGCCGACAGGACCGGGGCUGCACCUACUACUUCAGCGUGGAUGCCGACGUGGCCCUAACUGAGCCUAAGACCCUGCGCCUGCUGAUCGAGCAGAACAAGAACGUCAUCGCGCCUUUAAUGACCCGCCACGGGAGGCUGUGGUCCAACUUCUGGGGCGCGCUGAGCGCAGAUGGCUACUACGCCCGCUCCGAGGACUAUGUGGACAUCGUGCAGGGGCGGCGUGUUGGCGUCUGGAACGUGCCCUACAUCUCGAACAUCUACCUGAUUAAGGGCAGUGCCCUGCGGGCCGAGCUGCAGCACACGGACCUGUUCCACCACAGCAGGCUGGACCCCGACAUGGCCUUCUGUGCCAACAUCCGGCAGCAGGAUGUGUUCAUGUUCCUGACCAACCGGCACACCUUUGGCCACCUGCUGUCCCUGGACAGCUACCAGACCAGCCACCUCCACAACGACCUGUGGGAGGUGUUCAGCAACCCCGAGGACUGGAAGGAGAAGUACAUCCACGAGAACUACACCAAAGCCCUGGCCGGGAAGCUGGUCGAGAUGCCUUGCCCGGACGUCUACUGGUUCCCCAUCUUCACGGAGACGGCGUGUGACGAGCUGGUAGAGGAGAUGGAGCACUACGGCCAGUGGUCUCUGGGAGAUAACAAGGACAACCGCAUCCAGGGCGGCUACGAAAACGUGCCGACCAUCGACAUCCACAUGAACCAGAUCAGCUUCGAGCGGGAGUGGCAUAAGUUCCUGGUGGAGUACAUCGCCCCGAUGACGGAGAAGCUCUAUCCGGGCUACUACACCAGGGCCCAGUUCGACCUGGCCUUCGUGGUCCGCUACAAGCCCGACGAGCAGCCCUCGCUCAUGCCGCACCACGACGCCUCCACCUUCACCAUCAACAUCGCCCUGAACCGGGUGGGCGUGGAUUACGAGGGCGGGGGCUGUCGGUUCCUGCGCUACAACUGCUCCAUCCGAGCCCCACGGAAGGGCUGGACCCUCAUGCACCCCGGGCGACUUACGCACUACCACGAGGGGCUCCCCACCACCAGGGGUACCCGCUACAUCGCCGUGUCCUUCGUCGACCCCUAAUUGGCUGGGCCGGGCCACCUUGGACCUCUGCGUCUUUGCCAACAACCACUGCCCAGCAGCUCCUGGGGCCCUGUGCUCCUGGCCUCCAGGCUCCUGACCUCCAUCCACUGCUCUUGGAGCCGCCAUCGGAGAGAUCUGGCCCCGAGCCAGAGGCGGAGCCCACCCCCUCGGCUGGGGCUUCCCUGGUGCUCCAGGCCCAGCCCACGGAGACACUGUUCCUGCCC